AUGGGUUGCAAAAUCCUCGGCGCUGCAAGUAUCGCCUGGUGUAUUGCUAUUACUAUACUGGAUUUUGUACAAUGUCGACCUCUGGAAGCUUUCUGGUAUCUGGAACUCCAGGUACUCCCUACAACCAAAUGCCUCGAUCCCACUUUAUGCUUCCUUGGCAACUCGAUAGUCAACGCAAUCAUUGACUUCUUCACUCUGGUUCUGCCCCUUCAUGAGGUUUCUAAGCUAUACAUCUCGACUAAAAAGAAGCUCGUCAUUGGGAGUGUUUUCCUUCUUGGCGGAAUAGCGUUUGCCGCAAGCAUGGUCCGCUCUAUUGCCACUGGAAUAAUGGUGCGAGAAGGUGUCACAAACUUCACCCUGCAAUUUGUUCCCUCAGGUACCGCCACCGUCGUCGAGAUAUAUGUCGCCAUCAUUGGCGCAUGCAUGCCAACUCUAGUACCCAUUUAUCGCCAAUUGCGAUACGGCGACCCGCUCAAGAGCAACACUACCGGAAUUUCCAAGCAGACGCUUCCUGUAAAGGGGAGCAGCGCACAAAAGAAGCACCUUGAUAACACGGGCUCCUUCGAAAGAUUGUCCAACACCGACAACGACUUCAUGUCAGACGACUACCGCGACAACCGCCGCGUCAACAUCAGCAGCCGGCAGGCAGGUGCACCUGGAUACAAUCAGGGUGAAAGCUACCAGAUGGAUGGCGUGAUGGUGACCCAAAAGACGGUCUGGUCUGAGCACAAGCAAAACAGCAAUGUUGUUUGA